UUUCGUCGGGUUCGAAAUUCCAAAUCUGCCGGAAGUUUCUAUAAUGUUGAAUACAUUGGAGGUCAAAAUCAAAAAGAAAUUUAGUACAAGUGCAUGAAAAUCCUAAGGUAUGGAUACAGACCAUGAUUGGGAACAUAAUGUUAAAUACAGGCAGUCCAAACAUAAAAGAUGAUUCAAAAUGAAUAGACAGUAUUUCAGUCAGCUGUAAUGAUGGCAACAAACAGUCAUGCCUCUGAGGCAUUCAAACAGUAUGUGCAGAAAGACCCUAAAGGAAGAUCAAUCUUGAUUGUGCCAGAGGGAAAAUACAAAGGAUGGGUACCACGCAUCAUCUACAGUAUGCACCUGGAGGAUGUCUCACUGCCAUUCUUAAGACUCAUGUCAUUUCCUGUUGGUGGUACCUCAAUAGGAAAUUUAGUUGGAAUGAAGAAUUUCAGUGCAGUGGGAAAUUAUUUAUGCCUUUUACCCAAGUCUUUUGGUACCUGCAAAUCCAUAGAAAAACUCAACCUGAGCUUCAACCACUUUCAACAGAUCCCAGUGCCGGUGUUUAAUUUGGAGUCUCUAACUGAGCUGGAUUGUGGAGAUAAUGAUUUGGAAAUUCUUUCACCAGAUAUCGGAAAAUUAAGGAAUUUGCGAACACUAAAAUUAGGUGGUAAUCUCUUGUCGGAAAUUCCAAACGAACUUAGCCAUUGUAAGAAAAUCGAAUAUCUUGUGCUGUCAAGAAAAUGGUAUCCAAGAGAAGGAGGGAUGAAGGAACUACCGAAAGCUGCUUGUGGGCUGAAGGAGCUGCAGUAUCUGGAUGUCAGUUGGCAUCAGAUCCAUACAAUUCCAGAUGAAGUGGGCAAUUUGACAAAACUGGAGUCUCUGAAUAUGAAAGGAAAUUUCCUGAAAUAUGUAUCCUCAAAUAUUGUUCAUUGCACUAGUUUGAGGGAGCUUAAUUUGACAGGGGCAUUGAAACUAAAUUCUUACAUUCCGCCAGAGUUACUGCAGUUGUCUGAACUAAGGACAUUAAACUUGAAUAACAAUUAUUUUUCAGAAAUUUCACCAAAGAUAAAUGGACUUAAAAAGCUCAAGCAUUUUAUCAUGAGAAGAAAUGCAUUGGUGAGUCUCCCAGAGACUUUGUUUGACUUGAAACAUUUAGAAAGUAUUGAAAUUGGUGACAAUUACCUGGAGGAACUUUCCCCUUCUAUAAAGAAAUUAAAGAAGCUGAAAACAUUGGAAUUGCGUGGAAACAAAUUGACCACUCUUCCUGCAGAGCUGUGUGACUGUUUGAGUCUUGAAUCACUUCUGCUGUCAUUAAAUGAACUAAAACAAUUACCAGAAAAUAUUUACCAACUAGCAAACCUGAAGGAACUGGAUGUUUCAUCUAAUGACUUAACCAGCAUACCACUGCUGUUAGACAAAUUACAGAUGCUUGCAAAGACAGGGCUGUUAGAUCUCGGCGGUAACAGCAUUAAAGUUCCUCCUCAAGAAGUCUGUAACCAAGGCACUGAUGCACUCUUUACCUUUUUAAGAGAGUACAGAAUCAGCCAGGCAAAACACAGAAUGAAAAUGAUAUUGAUCGGUGCAGCUAAAGCAGGAAAAACUAGUCUUCGAAAUGCUUUGAUUCUAGGCCACUCUAAAUUAACAGCAGAGCAUGAGAGGACAUGGGUCCUAGAACGUCAUCUUUGGGAGCCGGAAUCUGAUCUAAGAGUCCAAUUGUUGGACUUUGGUGGACAUCAUAUUUAUUCUGCUGCACACCACAUGUUUUUGACCCCAGAUGCUUUGCAUGUUUUAGUGUUUGAUUUGAGUAAGUACCAACCAGAUCUGUAUGAUAUCUUUGUUGGUAACUGGCUGGAUGCCAUCAUGGACAGAUCUCCUGGAGCAGUUAUUAUGAUGGUGGGAACCCAUGUUGACCUUUGCAAGGCAGAUGAAAUUGAGGAAAUAUUAGAGGAUAUCUCUGAUAAAAUGAAAAUCAUUGAAGAUAAAAAGAUACAAGAAAUAGAGAUUCAAUUAGUCCGAACAGAUGAUGCUCUCAAUUCACUGACCAAUAAAGAUACUGGUACAAGAUUUGAAGACAUUGAAAUUCAGAGACUUAGAGAAAAAAGAAAUGGCAUCUACAAAAUGUUGAAAACAAGAUCAAAGUUGCCACAGAAAAUACAUGUUGUGAGUUGUGCUGAUGAACUGACAGGUGUUGAUGAGUUCAGAAAUUUGUUGGUGAAAACUCUGAAGGAUGCAGAGGAAAGACCAUUACCCGAUCCAUGGUGGAAAUAUCUGCAGAAGAUUGCCAUAUAUCCAGAGAAAAUCCUGCCAUUUAUAGAGGCCCUGAGAAUUUUUGAAGAUGUGAUGAAUGAAUUGAAACAGAGUAUGAUUUCACUUCAGGGAUCAGCAGUGUCAAGUCUAGAGAUGGUUCUGAAGUAUCUACAUGCUACGGGAGAAAUCAUGUGGUAUUCAGAUAACCCCAAGCUGCAGGGAAUUGUGUUUCAUCAGCCAGAAACUUUGGUUGAAAUGUUGCGGGCAAUAUUUAAACACGAUUUUGAGAAAGUAGUGGUAUAUGAUGAAAUUCUUGGGAAAAUUGCUGGCUUGACUCAGAAGAAAUUUGUUGCCAUGAAGGAAGAUUUUCUCACAAAAGGGAUUAUGACACUGGAGUUACUCCACUUUUGUCUCUAUCAUUUCAAACUUUCUUCAGAAGCAAGAGACACUUUUGUUGAUCUCAUGUUGAAAUUUGACUUAUGUUAUGAAAUUCCAAGCAGCUUGCAAACAAAUUAUACAUCUAGUCGCAUUUUGAGAUUUCCAUGGUUCCUUAAAACAGAAGCAUCCAAUGACGUGUUUGUGAAGUGGCCCAUUAAAACUCCGAGGAAUAUCGUGGAACUCUCUGCUCUGUACCUGUUCCCAUCGAAAUCUCCUCCAAACUUCUUUGAAAAACUCUCUUCAAGGCUGCAGGCUCAUGUGUCUAAACGAGAGGAUUGGAAAAAUGGUGUCCUCGCAUUUAAGAAUAAAUCCAAGAUCCUUGUGACCCGUGAGCAGAAGGAUGGCAGAACAGACAUUUUGGUGGCAGUCAGGGGCAGUGAUCUGCAGGAACUCUGGUACCUGCUCCUGAGAAUCUACCAAGACAUGAAAUCUCUGCUCCAAGAAUGGCCUUUAGUCCAUGUGGAGCAGUACUUACUGUGUUCUCACUGUAUCUUGCGAGGGGAUACUGAACCCCACCAGUACCCAGCAGAACUCUACCUGGAGACUGUAUGCCCCAAGAAACUGUAUCAGCUUCAGUCCUGCCAAAAGUCUCCAGAAACUUUUGUUCCAGCUUGCCUGGUUAUUCCCCUGGAUUCAGAUUUCCAGGAUAACAUUGGACAACACGUAAUAGUGUUAAAGGAGUUCCUGGCCAGUCUAGAGGACACAGUGGAUGGCACGGGGUCAGGCAUUCUAACUGACUUUGGCUUGAUGUAUGUGGCUGCCAGACUGGGAGCUGAGUGGUCCCUGGUGGUUGGAUAUCUUGGAUUGAAACAAGCAGAGAUUGAGCAGAUACAGUUAGACAACCCUUACAAAGUGCUUAACCAGAUUAGCAUAGCUCUACAGAAAUGGCGAGAUCGUCAGGAGGAUCAGGCAGACAACGUUCUGCUGCAACGACUCUUUACUGCUUUGGAGACCUGUGACCGCACAGAUUUGAUGGAGGAAAUACGACAGAAGUAUAAUAUACCAGAACCUGAACCUGAUGAAAACUGAUCUACAGAAAAGCUUUGUAAUCGUACUGGGUAAUACGAAAUGAAAGAGGACUAAACCCCUCUGCAGCAAUUGACAGUCUUUUAUGUGCAGUCUUUUAUGUACAUGUAUAUUUACUCAUUUACUGUACUCAGUAGUUUUUAUCUGCUGUAUUUGCUCAAAACAUUUUGUGAGCAUUGAAGCAUUCAGUCUUGGUUAUUGUGUGUGAGCAUUGAAGCAUACAGUCUUGGUUAUUGUGUGUGAGAGUACGUCUAUACUGUAGAAGUGUUUUUGAAAAAUUGGUGCAAUAUUUUUACGUAUAAUUCAUGUCAGCAGAUUGGGUUUUUUUCUGAAUGGAAAGGAAGUGUAAAAGAUGUAAUCAUUUUCAAGCAACGUAAAUUUUGAAAGCAAACUACAUGUGUGUUAUUGAUUUAGCUUACGUUGUGUAGUCAUUAAAAUAUUCUGUAGUAUGAAAAAUGUGCAUUCGAGAGAAUGCAUUUAUUUUGAAUAUAUACCAUAUGUAAUUAAAAUUCAUAGGAAAACUAAGUAAAAAUCUAUGACAUAAGUUCUGUACGGAAGAUUUGAAAAGUAAGUGCACAACACAAAAGUGCUUAGAAAUAUUGGUUCAUAAUGAUUAAAUACAUUAUUAAAACUGGAUUUCUCAGGCACCAUUUACAACAUUCUGUGCUUAUACACGUUUCAUGAUAUUAUAAAAACAGUAUUUAUUAGACUGUGAAUGCUAAUAAAUUUUCUGUAUUUGUA